CACUCGCGAGCACGACUCGCAUUAUUAGACAAGCGCAGCAUACGCCAGAAUCAUAUAAUCCGUUGAUGAGGAAACACGCACUCUCUCCUCUUUUCGAUUGUAUACUUUGCCAGACACGCGUCACAUUCACUCAACUCGGUCGCGUCUCUCGAUUCCUUUUGAAACGUAGUCCACGUUUUUUGUUAGCUCGCUAUCAGAAGAAAAACAGUGCUCAAGUUUCACAACGCGACGAAACUGUAAUUGCACAAGUUCGUUGCUCGCUUCGCAGAAGCAAGACGAGGGAGAAGAAAGAAAAAAAGAUGAGCAGAUUUGAAGAGAUCGCGAUUUGCCGCCAUAUUAGUUCAGCGAACCCACUAGGAGUUUGGCCUUCUCGCGAGUUUCGACAAUCGGUGCUCGUUGCUCCGCCGUACGAAUAGCAGCGCCGCCUCAGGCAGUACAACACGAGGUGUGAGCGUACGUGCGUGGGUGAUUAUCGGAUUGUGUGCGCAAGGAAAAAAUAAUACGUGAGAGCGAAUUUCCUCGUGUCUAUCACGGACUGAACUUUCGAAAAAAAAAAAAACGAAGACGACGAGUCAACGAAAUAAAGAAAAAACGAAACGAUAAAAAAAUGACGGAUCCGAUGCAAUUGUUACUGCUAUGCUGCGGGAGCAUUCUCGUUGGCGGUGCAUUCAUCUACCUGUUAUUCCUGAGGCGCAAGCCAGAUACAAACGUUUUAGAGAAGACUCAACAGAAAGUUCAGCAGCACGCCGAUCAACGCGAACUUGUGAACGCAGUUUCGAGCACCAGCAGCAAGAAGACAGCGAAGAGCAAAAAGCGUCGUGAGGCACAGCAGGAGUUUAGUCACUCGUGGAUGCUCGGUGCUCUCAAAGGUCACACAGGUCCUCUGCUUCAAAUCGACUUCUCUGCCAACGGGAAAUUUCUGGCCAGCUGUGCUGAAGAAGCCGCCAUCAACUUGAGUAGCGCAUCAGUACAACCUCGGCCACCCCCAUCACCAACCGGAUCCAGCAGAUCGUCCUCAUCAUCGGAUCAGGAGCCGCGACGUCCUGUGCUCAGCCGGAGACAACGCAAGAACCGCACUCGCGCGCCACGCCGUGAGCACGACGACGGUCGACCUCCACCGCUACCAACAAAGCAGCACAAGAGUCAACUACAGCGUCGUCGCUACAGAACUGGUCAGGACAAAAUCAAACAAACAAUGCGUAGCUCCAAAAUGACUCAUUCGUUUAUUACCAACGGCGUGCUUUCGAACGAUCCGUUUUUUAACCCCGAUCCGUUUGGUAAAUUCUCGCCGCGGCCCAGCGGCAACCCACUGGAUACCUUCAGGCCAGUCGUGUUACAAAAUAAGAGUGAUGCCAACUUGUGGUUCACCCUUAAGAAGUACCAGCUCACCACUACGCAGAUGUCUGACCACGGCUACCCUUCAAUCUUACCGGGAGGGAACGUCAAGAUCCUUUACCGUGUCCCGCCGCAAGGCCGCAGGACUAUCUGCUCUCAGAAGCCCCAGGUUUUCACCCGCCGUCCGCUCUACCCCUUCACCUUAGAUGCCAAUGCACGGGAAUUCGUACCUCGCAAACGGCACAAUCUCGCCCUGGACAGCGGUUGUGGCAGUGGCGUCAGCUCUACCGAUAACUCGGAUCAGGACCUGGAGAGCUCUUCGGACGGCGAAAUUUACUACAGUACGAGAGACGCGGUGCUCCAACGUAGCUGUUCGCGAUGCUCUCGGCCGUUUUACGUGUCGAGCUUAAAUGGAGACUACGUCUACUCCGACGGCUGCCAAUAUCACUGGGGAAAAUUUAGGGGUGGGAUGUGGAUGUGUUGCGACGCGGGCGAACGGGCGCCUGGCUGCUCUAGAGCGAACGUUCACGUCUGGACGGGAGUCGUCGAGGGCGACAACGGGCCUUACGAUGAUUUCAUCGACACCAUCUCUGUACAGCGUCAGGACAACAACUACGGCGUUUAUAGUAUGGAUUGUGAAAUGUGUUUUACCAAGUGCGGUCUCGAAGUUGGUCGUGUCACAUUGGUCGAUCGAAACGGAGUCGUAGUCUACGAUGAGAUAGUCGAACCCAAUAAUCCUAUCAUAGAUUAUAACACACGAUUCAGCGGCCUUCGCGCCGAAGAUUUCGUGAACGCGAAAAAACUGUGGGAAGUGCGGUAUGAACUCAGACAGUUUAUCUCUGCGGACACUAUUCUUAUUGGACACGGAUUAGAAAACGAUUUGCGCGCGUUAAGGAUCCUGCAUCCAACGGUCAUCGAUACUACGCAUUUGUUCCCUCACGACAACGGCUUGCCUUAUAAGAAUAGCUUACGAUAUUUGACAAAGAAAUAUCUGGGCGUACGCGUCCAACAAGAUGAACAUAACCCGGUAGAGGAUGCAAGGAGUGCAUUGUACCUAGUAUAUUAUUUAUGGUCUCAAGAGAACAAUCAAAUUAUUAGUAGACCGAUAGUACGUCCAAAACGUCCAAAAUGUAUCGUACGCGUUACAUGUUAUGUGUAACUAAAUGUAGGUACAAUUGUUCUGCGUUUUUUUAUUUAGGAACUCGUAAGUUAGUGAUAGGUUUGUUUUGUAAUGAAUCGAAUUUUUUUUAUUCCGUCAAGACUGUAAAGAAAUAUACAUAUAGACUUGUUCAUAUUCAUUGUACAAACGUAACAUUUUAUAAAUAAAAAAAUCCCCCCCCCCCCUUGACGUACAUUUUAUAAUACCGUUUAAGCUGCGUUUUGUUAUCAUUAGUUGUAAGUUUUUAUGUACC